AUUCUUUUUUAAUUUGUUAUGUAUUUUUUCGUUUAAAUGUGUCAUAUUUGUUCAUACUUCUACAUUUAAUUCAUGAAUAUCCAUUUUUAAUGUAUUCUGAAAUUUAAAAAUUUUUUUAUCGGUUAACUUCCACGACUAGCAUUUGUUUUGUUAAAAACCUGUUGAAUUUGUAAUUAAUACACACAUUUCCACUAAGUUGUACUCUAUUGUUGUAGAAAUUGUCCAACGUUACACAAUUUCUUGUAAAAUUUGUCAUUCUUUAACUUUUUAAAUAAUAAAAUGAUUAUUUUUAUUAAGGGGAUUAAAAUUUGCUUGUCCAAGAUUAUUACAAAUAUUACAAUGCAGCUCAUCCACAUUUAGACUAUUUUAUAGUAAUACCCAUUAGUAUUUUAGCUCAAUUGUUUGCUUAACUUGCACGCGACAAAUCCGUCUCAACUCGAUUUCUUUGUUUCAUGGUCAACUGCUCAAAAACUUGGGCUGAAAAGCCCACAGUCGCAGAGACAGAAGUAUUAGAUAAUUCAGUUUUGAACGUAUCAGAAGAAGUUAAAGAAAGCUUCUUUGGGAAUUGGGCUAAUCAUAACGAUUUGACCCCGUAUAUCGAAUCAACAUCCUCUUCAACAACGUACAUUUCAGAAACUGGCUUCCCGUCCCAGAACAUUUCAGUCGAGGAUAAUUUUAACCACGUGAGCCAAGAGGAAGAUUGGACCAACACACUAGAAACAUGUCUGAACAGAUCAAUUGAUCCAAACUUUAGCCAGUUUUACGAUUAUUCAGAAAGAGAAUCAAGAGGAAGCUUCGAAGAACAGCUGAAUAAUUAUUUUCAUGAAAACAUUGAUGGCAUUCACAGCGAUUUUACAGGCACGUUCGACGAUAUUGAUUUUAAGCUCAUGACCUCCAUCGAUGACAUUGACUCCACACAUACGAAUAUUGAUAUUGACCCCAAUCUUAUCAACAACAUUGAUAUUGAGUCUAAGCUCCUGAACCCUCUUGAAAUAGAGUCAAAGCUUGUAAGGAAAUUGAACAACCAAGAUGAUUUGAUUAUCCAGAGAACUCCUUUGACCGGCCGUAAAAUGUCAAACUAUGGGGAAUCAUAUAGGAUGAAUGAACAUAGAAAGAUAAUUAGGAAUUCACCUGAAAAUGACCUACCAAAUGGCCAUAACUUCUCUGGACCAGGUGGUAUUACACCAGAGCAAUACCAGAAUUACUGUGGAAUUAACCAACAAGGGAUUAGUAAUACCACCAUGAGUCAGUUUCCAGGUCAACCAAUUACCAAUGAAAAUACGAGAACGUUGACAAAUGAGAGUAUUGACAACGUUACCGACACUGUUAGUGACUUGAUUAACGACUCGAUCAGUGAUAGCAUCACUGAUACAAUAAGUGAGAUGGGCAGCAUGUCGUCAAACGUUAACGGUCAGUUAAAAGGUAAUGGAAGUGACUUUGAUAACAACUUAGGCAUUAAUGCAAAUUACGGUAGUUACAGAUGUUCAGGAUCCAUGACCCCAAGUAACGGUCCUUCCAACGGCCAACAUUUCUCGAACUCGAUCAAAACGUCAGUAGCCUCAAACGACCACAUGAACCAGUUGACUGGCUCAUUAAUAGGUGAUAUAUUUCACCAGAACGAGUUCAGUGGGUUAUCAGAAGUCGGCAACGAUUCAUACAAGGACCAAGCGGACUCACUCAGCUACUUCAAUAAGGACAUGAUUAACUCCAUCAACGAGUCGUACUACAGGACGCUACACAAUAACGUUGAGGUUGAGUACAUCUUCAACAAUAUGGACUCUUUAUCAAGAAUGGAUAACCUCCUCACCAAAGAUAUUGCUGAUUUCGGUGUCGCCUCCAAAGAAUUGGGACUUGGAAACGGACUUGGCCUUGACCUUAUCUCAGAUUUUAGCUCUGAUACCAUGACGACAGACCUCUUGAACAACGACGCACUGUUCUCUGAAAUUUACAGAGAUAACGACAUCGACGAGUCCGAAGGAUGGGAUACCCUAAUGAAGCGACUUUGCAUUUCCAAACCAGUAAACCCGUAUCCAAAUCUAUCAAGUGAUAAUAUUAACUGCUUGAUUAAGGAUAGUUCCAAUGCAAUUAUUAAUGGAAAUGUUAACGGUGUUGGCCCCACCCUAGUAAACGGAAAUAUCGUCCACCUCAAUGUUGGAAAUUGCAAUGGUGUCAAUACCAGUCAUGUAAACGGAAACAAUGUCAAUAUCGAUCCAGGAAACGAAACAUUUAAUUCAGGAAUACCAGUAAAGAGCAAAGAUAACUUACCAACCAUACUACCAGCGGAUCCAAACCUAGGUUUUAAGAAGACGUCACUGUGCAAGUAUUGGCAAAGAGGAAUUUGUGCUAAUGAUGACUGCAACUUCGCACACGGAAAGAAGGAGCUUCGCUCAACAAUUGGAGUCUGGAGAACAACCAUCUGCCACCACUGGAAGACAGGAAUAUGCCGAGUCGGAAAGGACUGCAGACACGCCCACGGCGAGGAAGAAUUGCAGCCUAAGAACAUUCCAGCCAACGUUUUGAAAAACAAACUCCUAAACUCCGCCCGGAAAUAUGAGUACAUGAGGAAGAAGAAAAGCGCCUUCUAGAUCACCAAUGCUAAGUCGCAAGUGUAAUUCUCACCUGACUUUCCACUUGUGAUCUUAGUGACCAUUUUGUGCAGUAAUUUUAUAAAGUUGUAAAAUUAUGAAAAACAUUUGUUAAUCUUGUCCACGAGCAA